AUGGAAGAGCAGCAGCCGGAGCAUAACAGUCAGCGCGACUCCACCAUAGGCACUGCGAGCCACAACAGCAGCAGCAGCAGCAGCGGGAGCAGCAGCAGCGGGAGCAGCAGCAGCAGCAGCAGUAGCAGCAACAGCAACAGCAACAGCAGCAGCAGCGGCAGCAGCAGCAGCGGCAGCGAUGGAGACAGCGUGCCUGUGUCCCCGCAGCAAGCUCCCUCCUCUCCUGCAGCACCCUGUCUCCAGCCCCUGCCCCACCAUCACCACCAUCACCACCACCACCACCACCACCAUCACCACCAGCCCCCGCCGCCGCCCCAGCCGAUGCCAGCGCCUCCUCACCAGCCGCCGCCACCACCACUGCCACCGCCCCAGCAGCACCGCACCACCAACUUUUUCAUAGACAACAUCCUGAGGCCAGACUUUGGUUGCAAGAAGGAGCAGCAGCAGCAACAGCAGCUCUUGGUUGGAGCAGGAGGAGGAGGAAGUGGAAGUGGUGCUGGUGCUGGUACUGGUGGUGGUGGCGGUGGUGGUGGAGGAGGAGGAGGAGGCCGAGCAGAGCGAGACAGAGGCCAGACAGCCGCAGGUAGAGAUCCGGCCAAUCCUCUGGGCACGCGGCCGGCCAACCCGGCUUCACUUCUCUGCCCAGCAGAUGCGAACUGUGUGACGCCCGACGGCUCUGCGCCGGCCCCGGCAGCCGCCGCUUCCAAAGCCAACCCAGCAGCGGCGGCUGCUGCAGCUGCGGCGGCGGCGGCGGCCGUGGCGGCAGCUGCGGCGGCAGCAGCGGCUGCGUCCAAACCUUCGGAAGGCAGCGGGGGGAGUCCUGGAGCAACCGGCGCUAAAUACGGGGAACAUGGGAACCCGGCUAUUCUACUCAUGGGCUCGGCCAACGGUGGGCCCGUGGUUAAAACUGACUCGCAGCAGCCGCUAGUCUGGCCCGCUUGGGUCUACUGUACGCGCUAUUCGGAUCGCCCAUCUUCUGGUCCCCGCACCAGGAAGCUAAAAAAGAAGAAGAACGAGAAAGAAGACAAGCGGCCGCGGACGGCGUUCACGGCAGAGCAGCUGCAGAGACUGAAGGCGGAGUUCCAGGCGAACCGUUACAUUACUGAGCAACGCCGGCAGACCCUAGCCCAGGAGCUCAGCCUCAACGAGUCCCAGAUCAAAAUCUGGUUCCAGAACAAACGGGCUAAGAUCAAGAAGGCCACAGGCAUUAAGAACGGCCUGGCUCUGCACCUCAUGGCCCAGGGACUGUACAACCAUUCCACGACCACGGUACAGGACAAAGAGGAGAGCGAGUAGCCA